ACAACCAGGCUGCCGCAGCAACAACAGUGACGCCCGAACUGAAGCGCUGCCUGUCGAAAGUGUAAAGAAAACGAAGCCAAAUACAAGUGUUGGGUUCGAAUGGUUCGUUGUAACACUUUGACAACUGACGCGGAGAAAUAAACAGCAUCGUUGAAGUUAGCUGGAUGGAUUUUACGAGGCCGAAGUCCAAGCGUGUGGCAAGUCGUGACAUGGGUGCUUUCCGUGGCUCACCGGGGUCCGGCAGGCCCACCAGGGACCUCCGCGCCCGAUGCCAACCCGUCACCCAUCACAGCAAUCUGAACGUGCCGGACUUUCCUGACCUCAAUAAACACAAGGUCCUCCCUCCCAUCGGGAAGACACGCUCGGGGAAUGUGAGCCGCCCGUCUCCAGAAGGGGGAGGGUCACGCGGGUCCGGCCGUGAGUCCGAGCGGAUCGACACUUUGCUGCUGGCGAUCCGGGCGCCGUGCGGCAGCAGGUUCGAGCGGCGCUUUGACCCCGCAGAACCACUACGGACUGUGAGGGACUGCGCAGAGUCCAGGUUCGGGAUCGGGUACGGAGAGGUUUCCAUAGCAACCAUGGAUGUGCCACGCAGGAGCUUCACUGACUUGGACCUGACUCUGGUCCAGUGUGGCAUCCACGACAGAUCAGUUCUGUGUAUCACAUCAUUGACUGGACAAGAGCAGGAAUAAGCAGAGUCUAAUAUAGGUGCUCCAUUUAUUGAUCUUUAGUAUUUUGAUUCUUCGAGUUCUUUUAGAGAUGUAAAAAGUUUAUGAUUGCCACAUUAAUUUGCCAUACGUUCCCUUGUGCCAUUGUUGCCUACAACAUACUAAGAUGGAGAAGUAAAAUCAUGUUUUUAAUGGAAUUCAACAUAAAAACAUAAAACUGAACUAGUGCACGUAUUUAAUACUGUUUUCACAUUUCUGCAUAGAAGAUCUUUUUUUUUUUUUAAAUAAGUGAAUAUUUAAAGUGAGAAGCACAGCUUGUAGAACAAGUGUAAUUAUCGUAGCUAUGAAAUACUGUAUAUUCAUCAUGUAAGAAAUACAAGCUUGAAAUAUUUCACUGUGUAGUGAAUCUCUGGAUUUGAAUUUUGGACUUAAAGUACUGAAAUAAAUAUUUACGAUUUUGAUCUUUUGAGAUGUAACUAUUCUUCAUACUCAGAGUUCAUUUUGUUCGGUACAAUGACAUCAUGCAUGCAAGGCAGUUCAAAUUUCACGUCAGAGUUGUAUUCAUA